GUAUCCUGGAAUGUACCAACACCAACUUCUUCCAUUGGGUCAAAUUCGUCAGCUUCAGGUGGUCAUAUCAUGCAGAAUGACCUUGCUCCACCUCCUGGUUGUACAGGUCCACGACAACAGCAGGUCCAACAACAGUCUCAUCAUCAUGGUUUCCGUGCUCACAAUCAGGGUCGACAUCGUUCUUCAGUUAGUCAAAAACGAUUCCUUCAUGCGGUCUGUAUGUCUUGCACCAGAAGUAUUGAUCCUGAGAGGAGUAAUCUUGAAGGCUCCAUCGAUACUCUACCGCAAAUCGUGUGCAAAUCCUGCAAUAGUACAUGGAAUGGAUCAACACUCUUAAUUGGAGGACUCUAUACCUACGAUCUCUUUGCCUGUUCCCCUUGUUGCAUUGAUCAUCUUUCCUGCAAAUCCUGUGGUCUCCAACCUCUAAGUCCUCGCUCCGAAUUCGAUAGAAAUGAGGAUGACAAUGAAUCAGUGAAUAAACUUCGACCUCUACCAUACUUCAGCCAAUAUAGUCAAUUACUGUGUUGUCAGCAUUGCAGAGCCGUUGACUACCAUUUCACCAAGCCAUUUGAUGAGCUAUAUGAAGUUCGGAUCAACUCUUUCCAGUAG